AUGUUCGCCUACUCAGGGGGGUCCGCCAGCGUUCCCGUGUGCUUACUGGUAUGUGUUCUCCAGAUUUAUUCUGUCAAAUUUAAUUUCCUAAAAAAUAAAUGCGCUGACUUGGUGUAAAUCCCUCGGAACGUGCCUUUCUAGGCUCAGUCCGAUAAUCGAUCUAAAUAUUUGCGCUGAAUUCCAUCACCUAUUGCGGAAUAACCGCGUAGUAUUCAUAAGCUUCCUACAAGCAGUCAGAAGUACAGUAGGUGUGCUAACUCAAAGUCAAUCAUAUUUCAUAGAAAACAUACAGCUAUUACAGCUAUACAGCUAUUAAUUCUUCUGCUUAUUCUGUGGAAAAUCACGUCUACUUUCAAUUCUAUACUCGAAGAAAUAAUUUAAUUUUGUUUGAAAAAACCUUUUCAAUUCCCAAACAAUUUUGAAACCCCGACCUGCCGUUACAUUUGCAUUCAGGGUUUCCAAACUACAAACCGUAUAUUUUUCACGUUCGAAAAUCCAUACUUUCUUUACGGUAUUAUGAGGAAACCAUAUGGGGUUCAUAAAAUUUAGCGACGGAUUUAAGCCGUAUUGUUGACUUUACAAGCCAUAUUGGUAAAUGCAGAUACGUAGCGUUUUAUAAACGGCCAUUUCAUGGUAUUAAAAAUUUUGCAAUUAGAAAUUUCUUAGAAACCGAAUUAGACCCUUCCUUUGUGUAUAAAGUUGGAGAAGCGCGUAAUUGUCUACUGAAUGAGCAAGAGAACACGAUUUUUAUUAAAUAUAAUUGAAUAUUUUAGCCUAUCGAAAAUCUGUGAUAGAAGUGCAUGUCACGUAAGUAGCCUUUUUUACAGAGUAUAUUUCUGCAUGCAGCCAAAGAAGCCUUUUUGAAAGCCGAAAUUCGGAGGUAUCUGAAUUAUUAUAGACGUAUGCUGCAGUAUGACUUGUUUAACAAUCCUAUUUAGUUCAUUUGUUGAAAGGAAAACGCAUGUCGGAAUUGCGGUUGUUAUUUCAUGAGUUAGUCCACCUACCUAACAUGCGCCUAACCUCGGUUCAGCGGUUCCGCUAAAUGCAUUAUUGUAUCUCCACUGUCUCAAGGAAAGUCGGCAGUCAUUUAUACAUUUGUUUGGAAUACUUAAACUAAUAAACUUGCGGGAUGCAAAAAUCGCAAGUUGUGUUUGUGAUAGUCGCACGCUUAAUCUGGUGUAAAGCCUAUUCGGCGUAGAGGAACAUCAAAGGAUAAUCCACGGCCUUAAUUAUUACUUGGGAAGGAAAACCUACGUAAUAGCUUUUUCGGAGUCCUUUCACAUGAAGCGCAUUUUUAGCAAUUUGGAUGGCGCAGAGGGGUUAGAAAGACAUAUUUUCACGGCUACCCAAAUCUGUCAAAAAGAUAUUUGCAUGAUCUUUAAAAUUGUCAGACAAAUACAGGAGCCAUCUUUGCUUAAGAGUACUCCAAAGGAAGUUAAACUGCGGCUAAUAUACUAAGAUUUCCAGACAAACAAGGGGGAUACAAAACUAAAUUCUUGAAAAUGAUGACGAUCGUGUAAGCCGUAAACAGAUUAUGACAGGAUCUUACGGUCCGCAGUCCAUCAACAACCCUGACGAACUCUCCCGUUCGUACCGAUUCCUACAACUUUGCCUCGACAGAGUACAUCCUCUUGUGGGGACGGACGAGGGGCUAUUACUUACAGUUACAAUGUCGCCGGUAAUGACCAUGUGGCAAUUAAGGGCUCGCAUGUAGGCAGUCGUGUCAUCAUUUCACCUGCUACGCCACCUGAAAGUAGCUAUAGCUCGUCACUUAACAACUGCACCGGUCCAUGUGUUUUCCCAACGCAUGUCUAUUUAUGUCUCCAGCGCGGGUUCAAGUGUAAAGUUGAAUACGUAAAACAAAUUAAGCCAAACAGAUAUCGCGAGCAUAUGACCAUUGAGCAAGCAGAUUACUGAACUAACGACAGCCGUAGAGAAGCUCCCAACUAUGGUCGUGUCUCAACUAUGGUAAUGAGAGCGGGUCAUUUCAUUGCUCCAGGAUUGUCUCGCAAUUGCAGAUAAUUUAAACUCAUCCGUUUCAAUUAAAGACGAAUUAAGUGGGAUAAAAUGCGUCGUUGGCAAACAGCAGCACAACAUAUGAGCACUCGCAAAAGAUUCAGAGGAUCAGCUUGUGUAUGCGAGUAGGGAGAAUGACUGAGGUCGAAUUUUGGGGGAAUAUUCCUCAUUGUAAAUAGUCUGAGGCGCUUGAAUUAAUCUCAGUAGGAUAAAAUACGACUCUUUUGUUUGACCAACAGCGGCAAAACCGGAUGCGGCUUAAAACUGUCGCCUUUAUGCGGCAAGACUAUAUUAUAUUCUGUGAAGGCAGAAUUUGUGAAUUAAUUUGCCUCAAUUCCUAACCCAGAAUACAGCAUCGCCGAGGAAACAGUGACCAGUGCACGUUUAAGAUAAACCUAUUUCCCGCAAAGUGUGCACAGUUUCCAUACUGGGAAACAUCGUCAGAAACUGCAGUAUGGCCUACCAUCUUUAAAUAGCACAAAAAUUACAAGAUGAACCCAGUGAGUGUUGGAACUAUUAUUUCUAUCCAGUUGGUGGAAUAUUCCAGAAAAACACCUAACUUCAAAGCCGCGCAAAAAAUGUGCACGGCAGCUCUGCGAGGGCAGAGAAUGUAAAAAAAUGUAGACUGAAAGGCAAAAAAUACGCAAAACACGAUGUUGUUUUUUUUCAAUUCAAACGAAAUGUCGCCGGAAUAAGUAGAUUUGACAGACUCAAAAACAGUCUGACGGGCUGGAAGCGGUAUUGCUAUUCUCGCACGCAGGCGGCGGAAUAUGCUUUGAAGUAUCAGGCUGAUACAACUGACUUGUUAAGCACAAAAUGGCACCUCCGGGAACCGAAGAUGUUCUGAUUUGUAACACUAAUUAUUUUAAAGGAUUCUAGUAUCUACAGAACCAUCACUGAGUAUCUCUGUUAUCACGUCUUUUCACGAUCUCCUUCCAGCAAUUCAGUUAGGUGUGAAUGGAAAAAGAUAGAUGAGUAAGCAAUCCUACGCAGAGAUCAUUUUAAGUCCCUCAUUCAUCGUAACAAUAAACAGAAAAAUUUUUGUCAUCCCUAUAUACAUAUAUAUAAGAAUGUACACUGGACAACCACAUUUCGUAGCCUGGAUCAGUCAUUAACUGAAAUUAAUUGGUUUCACUUAUCGACUGGGGCCCUGGAACAGUGAAGACGGCAGUUUCUACUACGGCCAUCAAGACAUGACAUUUGGCUACGGCGGUCAUGAGUUCGGUGAUGUGCCUGCCCAAUGGUCGAAUACACGCAAUAUCUGUUUGACUAGGGGAGACUGAAAUGCUGAAGGGAGAUCGUGAGAAGUCGUGAUAACACAUGACUUGAUGCAGUUUCUGAGUGACAUCAUAUCUCUUCUUCCACUCCGCUCUCAUUCAUUGCACGGGUCAAUGCAUUUGGUAUAAUGAUGUCAUAGCCCAGACGCGAGUCGUCAAAAUCCAGAACGUUGUCCCCAGUUUUUGGUAGCUUUUGUGAUGAUGGCACAGCAAUCAUGUCCAUCGAUAUUUUAAUUAAAAAUUGUAUUCGCUGGUACUGUUCUCGAAACACGAGGCACUCUUCCGAGGCAUAUUCAUAGGAAACUAGUAUGAACGAGAUAGGUGGUUGGGCAUGUUAAUGGAUUGAGUGCUGGAAAACAAUGACUUAAGUUGCUCGCUGUCAUUCAAAAUGAUUGUCUCAAAAACAUUCUUACAUCAGACUCAGGCCGAUUUGUUUGACGCACACGCAAGCAAACAAGGCUUCUGUACUGGUUAGAGAAGACUUAAGAGAACGACAGAUUUUUGUCCAAUUUUUGCAGUAUUGACAAACAGUCCUUUUAGCGCUUCCGUGCUUGCUCAGCUCACUAAGAAUACGGGUCGAAGGAGAGAGAUAACUCUUUAAUGGACAUAACGCAGAUAUUCAUGCACGAGUAAUUAAUAAGGCCGUAGAUUCUCGUUCGAUGCUACCUAAGCAAUACGGCCCCGUAAUAAUGCGACUUAUCCCGACAAAUAUCGCACGAAUUUGGUUUUCGUGUGCGGAGACACGGCUAUGCAUCUGGUCAAAUGCUCAGGGAUGGUUCUGCAGAUAUUAGAAUCCUUUAAAAUAGCUGAUUUUGCAAAUCAGAACAUCUUCGGUUCCCGAGGUGCCAUUUUGUGCUUAACAAGUAAGUCAUUUUUAUCACUUGGAUACUUCAAAGCAUAUUCCGCCGCAUGCGUGCGAUAAAAGCAAUACCACUUUCAGCCCGUGAGACUGUUUUUGAGUCUGUCAAAGCCACUUAUUCCGGUGAUAUUUCGUUUGAAUUGAAAAAAACUACUUCGUUUUUUACGUAUUUUCUGCCUUUCAGUCUACAUUUUUUCACAUUCUCUGCUCUCGCAGAGCUGCCGUGCACGUGUUUUGCGCGGCUUUGAAGUUAGGUGUUUUUCUGGAAUAUUCCACCAACAGGAUAGAAAUAAUAGUUCCAACUCGCACUGGGUUCAUUUUGUAAUCUUCCGCGUGAUUUAAAUAUGGUAGGCCAUACUGCAGGUUCUGACGAUGUUGCCCAGUUUGGAAUCCGUUACAUUUGUUUCCCGUACAAGACGUCGUUUUCUUUCAAAGGUACUGCAUGCAAGUCACAGGUCCGAACAAGUAUAGACCGUCUUCAAAGCUUUUAUUUCUCUUGUGGAUUGCAAACACUGGUUUUAAAGAAUGAAGCCGUCUUUGUUUGUAGAAUUAGACAAAAGGUUAAUGGAUGGCGGUCCAUGCAAUAAUAUUACCGAGUUACCACACAACACGUGACUGUUUCAUUCCUUAAAAUCUGACUACUUAAUCACCCUUUCAUUUUAACUGUUGAGGUGUGCUAACUUACAUAUCAAGGACACUGAACUGAUGUCGCACGCAUAUAGUGCUGACAUAACAGUUGUAAGAGCACUACACCUAAUCUGAGUUGGACGAGGUCCUGACAUAUACGAGAAUGUGACAAGCAUGGGAGUGAAUUUCAGUGCCUUACGGCAAACCCUUCACCUCGAAUAAAAAUCCGUCUGGAUUUAGAUAGCAAAGAGCAACGUCGAAAACCUCAAAAUCCUGACGGCUUGCAGUCAACCAAACCAUCCUAGUGCAGCUGAAGAUUUGCCCUUCCAUUUUGUUUAGGCAGUAGCUAGCCGCGAAGAUGUCCUUAGUGCUGAAGAUUUCAACGCAUUUGAGUUCCCUAUUCAUAAAGAUAAACAUAGUUAGAGUCACUUUUUACAUCUGCAAAUCUGGUAAUCCCACAUUUAUCGGUAUGUAUGAGCCAGGCGCAAACCGCCAUCACUAACACAAUCGUGAGUAUGUGUGUAGUUGUUUCUCAGCAAAUAAUCGUCUAGUCUGCAUUUUAAGGAUUCCACAGUUUCGGAAAGGACCACUGCAUCAGAGAGUCCCUCCCAUGCUUCAAUGAUCCUCUGCGAGAAGGUGUUCCGUCGACGUCCGUAUGGGUCAGCUUCCUCAGCAAUUCAAAGGGAUGACCACGCAGACGGUCAGUCCCAGCCAAUUUAAAGAAUUCGUCAAAGUAUAGGGCGCUCUGACGACCUAUGAUAAUCCGGUGGGUUUGUAUGAGAUCGCUGCGCAGUUGUUUGUAAUUGCGGGGAAAUAAAUUCGUUUCAGCCAGUAUGAUUUUGUAAGGCGGAUGAUUAAGAUUCACGACCAUCUUCCUAGCCAUUGUCAGUACUCUUGCUAGCUGUUGACAAUCCUUCUUCAACCACGGUCGCCAGGCCUGCACUGCAUGCUCUAAGUGAGACCGAACAAAUGCCCCGUAGGUUUUUCCGCACAGCCCUUUGUCGAUCUGCACGAAUUCUCGCCUUAGCACAAAUAACACCCGUAUCGCGCGCUUGGCUGCAUUUUGACACUGUGACGAAGGUUUAAGGGAUGAGGUCAUUAGGACGCCAUGUUCGUUUGGUCCGCAACAUUUGAAAGGGGCUGCCAGUCAAGGACGAAUUAAAUGAAAUCAUCCUCCUUACUGAUCCAUUGGAUCGAAAACUCAGGACCACACAUUUGUCAACAUUAAAAUUGAGAAGCCAACGGACUCACCACUUUUUCAGCCGGUUGAGACUCUCCUAAAGCUCGUACCUGUCUGCGUCAUAUAAGAUGGUUCUCACAGCUUAAAAUCGUCAGCAAAUAUGGUGGCGUUGCAGUUCAGAUCGUCGACACAGUCGUUAAUGUAAACUGGGAAUAACAACUGCCCUAAGACGGAACCCUGGGGGACACCACCCAAAACGAAUUUAGGAGUUUAAUUCGAGGCAUCAACGCACACGGUUUGUGAUCUCCUGCCGGAAAAUCUGCGAUCCAUGUCAGUACCUUUUUUCUUCUUCAAAUUUCAGACAGUUUGUAGAUUAGGCGCUGGUGUGGGACGUUAUCGAACGCAUUCUUGAAGUCCGUGCAGAUGACAUCGACUUUACCAUCCUCGUCCGGUGCGCGAGUCCACUGCUCAGCCGAGAGCAAUAAACUGUACAGGCACGAGCUGCAGUGCUGAGAACAAGUGACUCUGCUCUAGGAACUCCACUGUUGCUUGCUUAAAUACGGCUUUAAUUAUUUUGCAGCAGAUGUAAGUGAGACUGACGGACCGGUUCUUGUUAGCACUAGUGCGAGCCCCAUCCUUGUAUAUCGGAAAGGUAUUUGCCGUCUUCCAUUCUGAUGGCAGCCUUCCUAAUUCAAAUUACGAAUCAAAGAUGUUUGAUAGAUGUUCGAUGGCCAAUUCCUUCAAGAAUUUGGCUAGUAUACCGUCCGGAUGCGACGACUUGCUUCUUUGAAAUUUUGUAGACUGCGGAAAUCUGGCAGUUAACCGUGCGCCAGCUUAAGGCUAACGCACCUCACGCUAAAAAACCUCUGGUAGAGAAUCCAAAAGCACCAACGAUGUUUAAAGACUAAGAGAGAAAAGGAUACCUGGACCAAUUUUUAUCCGGGAGACGUUCCUAACAUUGCCAAAAUGUGCUCCAACGCGCCUCGCGGUAGACACGACCAUGCUGCGAUACUAUGGGAAUAUCCGCUGUAUUUUCAACGUCUGAAAACAAUGAUUGUUCAGCGGAAAACACGCAGGGCAUACCUUAACAUGAUAAAGAACAGAUUAACAUUCAUGAGCGGGGCAAUUUGCUCAAAGAGGUAUUCAGAGGACGACUAGGGAUCGUUUUAGACGAUUUCGUUACAUUCAGUCUUGUGUUGUUGUCGGACUCGUGUACGGAAAGACACCGGCGGGGUUGACGCCAUUUACAUUGGUUUCUAGAAGACGCUAGACAACGUCUAAAAAACGUCUUCUUGACAAAAUAUCUGGAAUUGGAAUAAGGGGAAAGCUGCCGACGCAAAUCCCAGACGUCCUUACGGAGAGCUCACAAACUGUCCACACUGAUGCCUCAAAGUCACCCCUUUCCAUCGUUUUAAGUAGUAUCUUCUAGGGCUUUGUCUUAAAGCUCUUGCACUUCCCAGUCAUCAUCAAGGACCAUGUCGACAACAUUGGUUGCAACUCCAUUAUGUUUGCCAAUGACUGUAAACUGUGGACAGCCAUCAGACCUGCCGCAAACAAGCACACUUUUCUCUGACUCUUAAAUUUUGACGUUGAUUGGUGUGCGAUCCUAAGACUCCGUACCAGAAAGACCAAUGAAGUGGAGUGUUUUUCGACAUCUACUUGAUGGGGCGCACCUUUCAAAUAUUAAGAAAAAGAAGACACAGGUUGUUCUUACAACCUCGUCGCCAAAGCCCCCGGACCUAAGUGCACGAUACAGGAAUUGUUUCUGCUGAAGCGUGAAUGAAUAGAGGUUUACAACGAACUGUUCUUUCGGCCUGUCUUGGAGUAUGCCGUCCAAGCAUGGUGUCCGUGUUUUAAGGAGGAUUAAUAAUUGCUGGAUGGAGUUCAGGCGAGGGCAAAGAAGGUGGUCAAGAAUCUUGGUCAUUUGCCUUAUCAAACCAGACAGGUUGGGAUUAGUUUUGUUCCUCUCACUUACAGGCAACUGCGAGGUGACCUCAUUCAAACCUUUCGGGUUGUCUAGAUUGUGAGUGGGUCCUAGAUUUUGCGACUUCUUCCGACUGACUGGGACGGACCGCUUGCGUAAUAAAUCAUUUAAACUGUAGAGAAAUUUGGUAUACAUGUAUGUACGUCAAAACGCCUUGCAGAGGAUCGUUGGAGCACGAAACGGACGCCCUAAUGCUGUGGCCCUUUCAGAAACUGUGGAGACGCUCGUAUGUAAGCUGGAUACUUAUUUGCCAAGAAACUGUCGAGCAUAUAAUGUAGAUAUUGUCAGUAGUGGCAUUAUGCGCCUGCUUUGCACCUACCACUGAGUAUACAAUUUGCAGAAAUACUGCUGCGAGAACUGAUUUUUUAGUAUUUUCGAAUAGGAAUAGGGAGUUCAAUGGCUAAAGCCUGAGUCCCUUAAUAAAGUGAAUCUGAUUCUAUUUGGUAAAGCCGUCGAUGCCAAAUUAGAAGCAUCUAAAAUAAAAACACGGUCGGGUGCGCGAACUCUAUCUAGGACAGUUACCAAAGUAGGAAAUCGCCUGAAUAAACCGUAAAGAAGGUGUACGCUCAAAUUUAGGGAAUUUAGACUGGUGAAACUAUUAGACAUAUUCUGACCAAUAAAGGCAAACGUCUCUUAGAGUAACGUUUGUACGCCAGCGUCGCUGCAUUUGUAGGGCGUCUGAUAGUACUGCGCUGGGUUUGUAAAUAAGACGUGAAAGGGAAAGCAUAAAAAUUGUCCAGCAUUCGAAAACGACUGGCAUUCUUGUGUAGGUGGACUAAACAAUACAAACUAUAAACUAAGCCAACAGAACUGUGCAAAGUUGAUUAAAAAAUGAUACGACAGUGAACACAACAAUAAGCCAGUCAGAAGGUGUGCAAUUUGUAUCUAUGGGUCUACGUCGACUUCUGGCGACAUUUACUCAGAAAAAUGAUAGAUUGUAUCAAAUACAGGCGUAAAAAGGAAAACGGAAUACAUACUGUAGUCUCCUUAAUGUGGAUCUCGAAAGUCAUUUGAACAAUAAUAUCGACCUGGCAUGCACACAGUCAGUGUAAAAGUGUCCUCCGCGUGGUCGUGUAAACGACCCACAUAAACGAAGGCGAUAAUUAGUCCAGAGAAGGAUGAUCCGCUUUCAAAUCUACUCGCUUCCAAAUGUUUUUGUAGAACACACAGCAUAUAUUUAGCUAUAUGAACGUAAAAUGUGCGACACAUAGUACACAGAGAAUUCACUACGAAGGGCAUUAUUUUACAAAAUUUGCAUAGAGCCUUGCCGCGUAUAGCACCGGCCUAGCCCUACAUAGUGCUGGGGGCAUGGAUUAGCAGGGAAAUGCAGGUUAAGGACAUUUUCACUAGCGUAUCUUCAAGAAAAGACAAUGAGAGCUCCAUUAGCUGGCAGCACGAAUGCACUUCACGUCGUGUCUUAUGCUCCGACGUCUGCACUCGGCCGGCUAAAACAGCUGUUACCUCUGGGACUGCGUCGUCUGUACGCUCUCUAGAUGAAGUAAGAGGUUGUCCAGCCAAAUCCAUCUUCCUUGUCUUUUAAAUUGAGAAUACACUCGUUGUCAACAGUUGCACAUCUCACCUUCUUAUUGUGAACGCGUUUGCCGUUAGCCUACUAACUCUCCAAUUUGCCCCUAAACAUUUUAUGUUUUGAUCUGAACAGAGGUUUCAGCAUUUGUGAAAAACCUUUUCGCUUUUACUAGAAUUUUGAUACGUCACAAACAGUGCAUUUUAAUAGGCUGAAAUGCAAGCGUGUAGGACAAUUGGCGACUUUCUUCUCACAAGAUGUCAAGUCCAGACCCUACAUUAUUUUUAGUGGGAAUAAAACAGGUGCGUUUAAUUGUUGCGUGCAGAUUAAGUUUUUCAGUCUAAAGGGUCUGUCAUUGUAAAUUUUAUUUUUCAUAGUUAUGCGUUUUUGUGCUUUGUCCCUGAUAACAUUUUGCCGUCAAGUUGUCGGCUACAGUGGCUCCGAAGUCGCUGCGGUCUCGGACAGGCGCGAACAGCCUCAGUUUUGCAUACCCGCGCACGCCUUGUUUCAUAAGUGCGAUUGUGACUGUUCCGUGUUGAGGUUGCUACUAAAGGCCUGGAGUUACGUACUGCAGGAAUUCGCAUAAUUAGUCGUGGGGUCAGACUCUUUGCCCGCGUAAAGUGCAUUUUUACACUUAUUCACGCACGCAGCAGCACGGCUUGCUCACAGUAAGUCGGUAGCCGCCAUGAUGGCUGAGCUGAUCAGGGUGUUUACUGCUAUCCAACUCUAGACCGUCCCUGCAGCAGGGUUAUCGAAAACUAGAGUUAUCGAAAAAUACCAACACUGCCAUUUCAACUCCUUUAAUCUUUCUCCAUCUGGUGCGUUUAGCGAUAACUCCGGUUGGAAUACGUCACCACUUAUAGUGCAUGGCUCCAAUACCGCAGCCGGAAUACUGCAACCGUCUAUCGUACGUCAACCCCUGAACGGUUGUCUUCCCCGAUGACCGGCUACAAGAUUCUGCCACUGUCCUUUCCCAUCCAUACCCAGCGAGUCCUGUAGUUGGCUAUGGGCAAAGUGGUAGUAUCUUACUUCGAACAGUACAGUGUAAACCUCCAUAGACAGCGUCCCGUCUCGGACACAUCUCCUUCCCUCAACCCUCUUAGGGCUUUAGCCGUGGUUUAUCUGCUCGAUGUUUCGUAGAUGUCGAUUUUUUUCGAAAACAUGGAUAGCAAGUAGAUAUCAACUGUUCUGCAUGCCCCGGACACGGCCAAAACGGUACGUAGUGGAUCAUACAAUAAACUUUUCCCUGAUGCAAUACCUGUGUUUUUCUGAAAUCCAUUGCAAUCUACUCUUGUUACCCAUUCCAGUCCGUCCCAUUCCAUCCGUUCAAAUAUACGUGCUUCUGAACGUUUAUAUGAAUGCAGCAACGGUGGACAAUUACUGGGAAGACGGUCAAAAUCGGAAAGCAAUAUUGACAAGUGAAUAGAAAAAUACCAUGUGCACAUGACUUGGACGGUGUUCAUCACUGAUUAUCGGAGCAGUUGUCCCCGGAACUUUUUGGAGGAGGAGCUAGGUUACCCGACGACGGUCCGGGUUCUUCCUAUGUAGGGCAGGAUUAAUUUCUUUAAAAAGUGUGCGAAAGCCACAUACCGGUCGAUUAAGUAGCGUUUUGAGUUUUCUGCGCUUGUUGUCCAAAGCUAUCAAGCGGUCAUGUUAGGCACUUGGUGAUCGCAAACUCUAGGCCAGACAAACUUGCGCUCCCCACGCACUGAGUGGUCACCUACAUAAUUGCAUAGAUAGCGGUAAUAACUCGAUUUAUUUACGCCCCAGCGAGGUCGUUCUUAAUUUCCCAGUCUUUGAAUUUGAGGUUGACGCUGAUCUCAUCUUCAGACGACUACUGAAUAUUGCUCUUGACAAAAUUAUCGGUCGUUCUGCCGCCGAGGCAUGCAAGGGAGGAAGUUGAAUGCAGUUUGCAAUGAAUACGUUGAAAAUCCUCGUCCUCUAGUCUAGCCUCCAGCUGCCGGAAAUCUAUAGCCGAAAGUAGGGGUCGACUGACCGGGUUCUGGGGCAGCUGAGCGUUACCUCUGUGGAGGUUAUGGAUCGUUAAACAGUCACCUCCUACCCCCGCAGCCGUUCAUGUGUCCUUCAAUGGCUCGCCAUGGGAAAAGUAAGUCUGCUGCUGGCAGAUAUCAUGUGUUGGCACAUGGUCUGCAAAAUGAUUUUUUUGUAAAUGUUCAUUGGAAGAUGGCCCUGGCUAGUCGACAGAACUUAAAGGUAUCGUGACGUGUUGCAUUCUAAGCGCGAACUGUCCCCUUGUGUAGGUCAGUAGCCAGAGCGCCGCUUUUGCGAGACUUUUGGUCAGCAUCUCUUAUGAUGGACCGAAAAGGAGGCGGAUGAUCUUUAAUUAUGUCAGUGACGGUUCUAUCACUGUACAUUUUUUGCCUCCGGUGCCAGUAAGUCCCUCACUGAGUUCUGAGCGUUUGUUAGGUUCACAAACACUGUUUUUGAAGGCGAAGGAAAUUAAAUGGCUCCCUAGAAAUCAAGCCCGUCUUCCAAAUUGUUUUCAGCUGAUUAACUGAUGAUCGUACUUGUGGCUUGUUAGUUUAGUCUUGCCUCGCAAACUUUGCAUAGGAAGCCUUUAAGGCACCGCAGUGGCGGAUGACUGCAGUGGGUAUUUUUGGUGUAUUUUUCUCUGUCAGCCUGCCCCAAAAUACGAUUACCCUAAAAUCGAAACAGGGUCACGUUGGGCGAGCAACCAGUAGGGCCGCAGUUUCAUGGCUUUUCAGCCGCGAACAUGAUAAUUUCGCUAUCCUUUUUUGACUGUUUGCAAGAAAAUAUGGAGAAAUUCAGCUUUGUCAUGGAUCUUCAACUGAGUCUUCUUGACGAAAUAGCACUCAUUUUGGGAUGCCAUGCCCUCCGAAUUUCACACACAAUUAGAUGAUUCAGUGUCAGCCUAUGUAGCUGCAGUCCUUCAUUCUUCUUAACCGCGCGGACCUAACUGACAUCACCUGUAGAAAUCAUUUGGGUCACCACCAAUGGCUCUUUUUAAAUAGUCGUAGAGGGGGCAUUUUAAGUUUAAUUUUAGCCCCUCAUAUUAUCGAUUAAAAGAGCUGAUACAUUGAAGUUCCUAUUUUAGCUUUAAUGUUUUAGACUUCAGUUCUAAAAUCUCUCAGUCCUCGAUCUCAAGACUUCAGUUACCGUUGAUAUCACUUGUUGGACUCACUCAGGCGGUGCUAGGCCACGACAGGCGUAACCGCAAGGAUAGGAACUGUAGUGAAUAUGACUUCUAAUACCGCCCUUUAUCUGCCUAGGAGAGUUCAUGCAAUAACGAAGGCGAAGGACAACGAAACGCCUGGCGGUGAUUGUUCCUCGUCGAAAACCCACAACUGCAGCGCUGCAGCAAUAAUUGACUAAUGACACACUUCAUUCAUGGAGUUUCUUGGGGACUCGAGGCUUUUUGCCCUAGGACUUUUGCUCGACGUAUCCAUAAGGGUUCAGUUGCAAGUAAACUUGUUUAAUGAUGGUUUACGGCUGCCAUAUCACUGCGUUGGGACAUUUUCUUGCGCAGUCGGCGUGCCAGACCUCAGAACUCAGCACCCUAAUAGCAGUGUCGUUACUGGUUUUUGACUGUUUAUUCACUAGACCCUAUAACCUGCUUAUUUUGCUGCAAACUUUCGCUGAAGGCCGUUCCAGUUGUCGCCACUCAUGGACGCGCCCACUAAACAGCAGCCAGAAUAACGAGGAACCGGUCUUCCUGGACUGGGACGUACUGUCCAAGUGGAGGUUGGCCGAAAACUGGGGGUGUUUGGCCAUCGCAGCUCUAGUAAAUUACACUGAAUUUGUCUCAACCGAGACAGUCCGCGCGCCGUGAAAACAUCGCGAGGAUAUCUCAGACCAUUCAAAAAAGAUGACGAUGGUUUGGGGACGCCCUUCGUUGCCCGCCUCAUAAGUUCAGUAUUGAUGCCCUUGUUUUGGUGUUCUUGCCCAACUGGCUAACUCAAGAUCUGGCCCGACACAACUUGUCAAGAAGAAGGAGACACGAUCGCCGGGACAAGAGCUUUAGUAGCCUGACGUUUCGUAUUCCUACUCGAAUUCAUCAUCAGAGACAAAAGAGCAGAAACAUUUCUGCUCUUUUGUGUCUGAUGAUUGAUUCGAGUAGGAAUACGAAACGUCAGGCUAAUAAAGCUCUUGUCCCGGCGAUCGUGUCUCCUUCUUCAAGACUACUUCCUGGGACUCGGCUCUUCGCUUCUAUUGACAACUUGCCAAGACGUAGAAAUGGCGCUUGGGUCUUGCAUAUUUGGCCUUCAUCGUUGGUGGAAAGAAUAGGCUGAGCUCUCCAAAUCUGCCGCCGUAGAUCGCCAGGCGUUGAGAGGUACAAUUUGCGACAUCAUCGUGGUUGACUAGGUUUAGCACGAUCACAGCAGUUUCGAGUGUAAGUAUUUACCCGUUGCUGUUCCUUCUGACUCACAUUAGUGAAAGACCAUGAUGACAAAGUGGGCGCCCCUAUUAUUGCGCCGAUUGGUUGGACGUAUGAUAGAUAUCCGUGUAAGAGCUGUUGUUGCACACCUUUUUCUUGAUGCUGCCGCUAAAGUCGUUGUAGCCAUUCUCUGCCUUAAUUGAUCCCCCUUGUGCGACUGUCAACCAUGUUGGGCUGCGUUGAUCAGCACUUCUGUCCAUUUGAACCCUCUAAACACCAUUGUUACAAAAAACUUAUUGUUGGAUUUUUGUCGGAGUCUACCCCUGUCUGCAAAAAUUUGGUGGACCGAAACUACACCGAAUAAGAACCAUUGUCAGUGUGAGUCGCCAUGCCAUCUACCUGCGGUCCCUCCCACCUCCGGUCUCUUUGACUAUGUCUUGACACCGGGCCCGGGUAGAGGAAGAGAGAGUGCGGUAGAUGAUGCGCAAGUCUACUCUCAAUAUAAAUUAAUGCACGCUCAAGUCAUCAUGCCUGCUCGCAGCCUGCUGUGAGGCACACGGUAACGCCGGUUGAACUGUCGGCAGACCACUCCGAAGUUACAUUGAUUAGUGGUCAGAGCAUUGGCACAGUGCAAACACAGCAAAAAUAAGCCAGCGAUUAAAGUUCUAAGAUAAGGACGGCUUCCUGCAUACUCUCGGUAUAAAAUGUCUGCCCAGUCAGGAAGACGGUGAAAGUCUGGUUGGCUUACAAUUUCUGUUACCAGCAUUUGACUAUUUUGUCGGGCGGAUAAGACGACGAUUAACUAAACCGACAUGUUCUUCGUUAGUCUUCGUUCAAACCUAGAAUUGUCGUGAAAACAAGCUUCAGGGAUAUAAGGCCUGCAUCAAGUCCACUUUACUAUGCAGAUAUGACAUCUGACUCGUGCGCUCGGAAGGCAUGCAGUGUCCAUAAAAUAUUUUGUCGUCUCAAAGAUUGCUUCACAAAGGAAUGCCUCUGUAGUCCAUCUUGACGUCAUACCUCCAAUCGCACCUGCCUUACUGACAAAAUGCUCUAGCUCGAUCACGCGUUGCAUCGAUUUACAGGCCAAAUUAUCUGAGAUAUCAUAUUGCCUGAACCUAAUUCUUGCCGUUGAUGGCGUCUUUGGCGAAUGCAAUGAAACCUGACCUCGAUCGUAUGUCUGAUCCUCUGCGAUUCGCAGUCAUUGCAACUCGCACGCUGGCUAGCUCAUUUUUGCUGACCGACUAAUGAAACUUGUUGCGGCAAGCUUGUGAAAUGGAGCUGGCUGAAUACCGUAAGAAGCACAUAUGAAAAUGCUAGUCGACCAGAGUAAUAUUACCGACAAGGACAAAGGAGACUGGUGUCGUAAUUUCUGACUUAUUAGCCGUCAUCAGCCAACCAUGCCCAACCCUGAGGCCUGCAGCACCUGGGACUCGACCCGGUGACCUGUUGGUUAGGACGUUUGACUUCUCACCAACAGGCACAAUAAGGCCAACGAGUUCCGUAACACGGUCGGUGAGCGUCCCUCUACCCUGCUAGUUGAGAUAACAGUCGCGUCUGUGUCGAAAGAAGUUAAGGCAUCUGUACCCCCGAUAGGCCCUUCUGUAGGUUUCCAGGCAGAUCAGUGCGUGGACGCCUUUCCCAGAGAGUUGGCGGACUGUGCUUUUGAGUUAUUCGUUUGAUGGAAAAUUUUGAAGUCUGGCAAAUCAGGUUUGCUGACGUUAAAACCCCUUCAGAAAAACCCUGUACAGCAAAUCAACACGCAGGGCAAUUUCGUCCUCUAACGCCGACGGAUUAAUGCAUAAUCUGCGCCUCCUUUACGUAGGGCUUUCGAUUGCCUAUCAGUGUUUUUUCGUACAUAUUUUUUGUAGGAAGAAACCGCAGUCAAGGAAAAGAGCGCGCCUACAGAUUGCAAGGUAAUGUCAACAGUCUGUGUGACAUAACUAUGUGCUGUAGAUUUCCGAGUCAUUCCGACCUGAUCGACCUGUAAGGUUUACUUUGGGCUCCAUAAGGUUGGUUUUGCCUACAGCACCAAUGCCGGCGACUCAUUAAACAAAAAGAAUCUGGACCCGGUGAAGACGAUAGACAAAACCACGACGGUGAGUCGCAGUCGUCAUCGCCAUCCCCAACGUCCUUGUCUCUACCAACCACUGCCCAAGAUAGAGGAUUGCCACCUGUGAGUCGCCCAACUACGCCAACUGGGGAAUUAAAUGCAACGACAUGCUUAUCCAUUUCUGCCAAAACAUCUAGUGUAGUAGAAAGCGUGGAGGUUGACACGUCAGGUUCGUAACUGCUUUUUUACCCGCUACCUUUUCGUCACAGAAAGGUGCUUUCUCAAGAGGGAGGCAGAAGAACCCGCAAACCUUUUUGGAGAUGACUUCCAUUCAUGUAAGCGUUGUUCAAUUCUGCCAACACCUCUGCCGUCGUUUGAAUUUUGUCAUUCUUCCCUCGUGGGCCCGUCAGACCUUAUGACUGAUCUUUUGAUUUAUUAGUUUAUUAAAUGGAGUUUCCCGCUGGGAAUCUGAUCUUAGGCAGACCUUUAUCGUGACGCACAAUUCAAAGUUCAUGUGGGAAACAUCGCAGAGAAGACAGGGCGAUGUCAACCACGGUGGGGGUGGCUUCCUCUGUAUUUUCUUUGUCAUCGCCGUUAUUCUACUAGCGGUCCAUUGGUGACUGCCCGGCGAUGGUAGUUGGUGGUCAUUUUCAGUGGAAUCGUCAUAUUGAUGUCAGAAACUAACUCUUCGCCCUUGUCACACAUGCUGCUUUUCAUGGAAAAAGUCAGCCUUUUCGGUUUAUGCCAGUACAUUCUCCCCCACGUGUUUAGGUGUGAUUUCCACUUAUCUCCACACUAGCCCACCACUGGUUGAAGUUCGGAAAUAGCUUUCAAAAUCUAAGACUUUCGACCUGAACUGAAGUGGAGUCCUUUGGCCUGUGACCUAACUCAAGUGUCUAUAAUUCACCGUAUGAAAGAACACAUUUAGGCAUUUAUGGCGCGUACAUUUGAUAUAUGAUUAUUUCGAACUAGUAAUUGCGUCUUAUUAAGUUUUAUGUGUACCUUAAUUUUACGUCACCUAUGCGGUAUUAUUUGUCAUAAGCGUUGAAACUAUGUUUACGCUUGCACAGACUUACCGCCGACUUUUUGACUGAUUCUUCUGACACAGAUUCCCACUUGACACUGCCUAAGCAUGAUCCUGAGUCCUCGGGACCCGGUACUUUUUCCAGCAUCACCCACGAGUUUAUAGAAUAUUUUUUGUCCUCAAACUACGUUAGCGAACGUCACGGCGCAUUCCUCUUUUCAAGUUCGCCAUGGGUUCUCUUUUGUGUGUAGGCUUCUUAUUAGAUCUUCUGUUCGGUUCGAGGGCUUUUCGAUUCACGUGGUACUGAGUUCCUCCCAUGGCCCCAACCCCCAGUGAACGUCUAAUAUGUGUUGAUUUUCGCCCAACCUGCCGUGUUUGGCAGUCCUUCAGUGUUACUUUUUCCAGGGCCUAAAGGUUUGUAGGCGUUCCCCAUGUCAGUAUCAGCAAAUCAAGCCCUCACAGUCUGGUAUGCGCUGGCAGUUCUCCGAAACCUGGUUCCCUGCCGGCAGAUGGACGUGCGCUCCCGCCGGUUAUACGGGUUGUGAGCACGACUGCCCAGUCAUCCUCGUCCUUCCGUCCCGCUGUGGUUUUGCUGUUCUUGGUUAAAGUCCUGAUUAAGUGUUUGUUGUAGACCAGGCAGCGUGGUGGUAUGCCUGGAUGCGUCUCAGGUGUUCCAACCAUCUGCACCCGGUCUUCUUGACUAUGUCUUGGCACCGGACCUAGGUGGGGGGAGGGGAGAGUGCGGUAGAUGCGGCGCAAGUCUACACCCUCUACAAACUAAUUCACGCGCAAGCCACCGGGCCUGUUGUACCUUUCUGCAGCGCACACGGUGGACAUUGUAGGGCACGACAGUCAAACUGCCGUUACCUUCUCCCGACCCUGCCACUUUUCGUUGGCCCGUGUCAUUUAAUCUGACUCCGAGUAUUAGGUUCGUCUGUUGACUAGUCCCUGUCAGUGGAUAGGUGAUUACUAGGCAAUUUUGGACUCUAUUUGAUGAUGCCGUUCUGCAUCGCCGCCUCCCUUGGCGGGCAGGCGCCAUUGUUCACUGGGUAAAAUGCCUAUAGACUUUCCAUUGAGGGCAACUAAUUUACACAAAUCCAGGCUACUGAAUGGAGAUUUCCGGAACAGAGUAUUCACAGUGACUUAAUAAUCGCUGUUUGCCCAUUUCUUCAACCUAGGCUCCUGUUGCCUCCGCAAACAAGGGAAAUAGAGUCUUUCCAAAUCGCAGGCUUCUUCACUGAGACCUUUUAGGUCGCGCCUAGAGUAGGAUUCACUUAUGUCUCAUUGUUCGUUUUGCGAUUUGCUAUCAGCUUACAACUUUAUUCCUUAACGGAAGACCCAACCCAACCUUGUACGGUUAAGCCGUGUUUUUCUGCCUUUCAGUACUUCGAAAGUAUGCAUGUGAGCUAUGUGACAAGAGCUUUCUGCAGACGUGUCACCUGAAGAAACACAUUGCUGCUGUCCACAAAGGUAAGCCUUGGGGGGGAAGGGCUGCGUCUUCCUACAAUGCGGCGUAACAAUAGCGCUGGCCACUUUGUAAGCAUCGUCUUUCACUAGUUUGAGUCAGAAGACACUGUAGCAGGUAAAUGCUUCUACCUUGCGCUAAUUUCCAGUGUUAGUAUUAUUGUCGCACGACCAGCUUAUGUUCGUAUGUGCGCUACCUGAGAAUGCGUCCAGUCUGAUCUGCGUAGUUACAAGGCAAGUCUGGGAACAGGAUUCGAUACGCUAUCCCAAGCUGGUGUUUCUGUUCGGGUACGGUGGGCGAGCGCGUAGGCAUCGGCUUACAAACGCCCUCGGACAGCCAUUCCACAUAAAUUGGUCUCGGAUAUCUCGGGCCUCGUAGGCUUUUCCCUCCGGGGUUGCUGUAAAGUCUGGAUCUGUUUGAAGAGAGUGGUGGCUGACAACGCGGCCGCACUAGUUCAUUUCUUUUUGGCGUUACUACUGACAUUAUUUUCGGUAGGUGUGUUUGCAUUCUUGGAAAAUCACUUCGCAGGUACGGCGGUGUAGUUUGCCGCUGGAGCCGGCUCGUAGAUUGGGCUACGGACUUAGGUUGGGCUUUAGGAUGGGUGAGGGGGGGGGGGUAGCUGUUGCGCUUGACGCAGUGCCAGCGGGCCUAGAGUUUGCGUUUAGUGGGGGUUUAGGAUUUAGAUUAUAAACUGUUGGCGAUUCCAUUUGGGAUUUAUGGUUAGGUUUUACAACUAGGGGGUUAUGGUUGAGGUUAGCGUUUCAAUAACCAUUGUUUCGAUGUCCAAUAAGUCCAUAUUUCAAUAACCUAUCAAUUAAAACAAUUGAUAACUUGUAAGUUAACUGUGAUAAUUGGUUAGCCAUAACAGCCAUUGUCGAUUCGUUAUAGACUCACGGAAUUAGUCACUUAGUAGUCGCUAGCGAUUCACUAGACAUUUUGGGACACAUAUGCUAUGACACUAUUUCUAGAAUUGUCACUCGCUCCGUAAACUGAAGCAGCGUACUUAACAAACCAUCAUAUUUGCGACUGUUUAUUUUUACCUUUAUAUUUUCCUCCUACUUACUACUUUUCCCACCCACCUUUCUCGUACCAAACCAGCCGUUGGUUCGAGUUUCGCCAGCGCGUCCGUGUUUCCUGUCCCUGCCGAAAAGAAUUAUAACGCAUUGUCGUUUUUGAGUAGCCCAAUGGUUGCGGUGGAAACUAAAAAGGUUGCUUGGUUUUCCUUGCCCUACCGUGAACCAUCGCCUUAAUUCCGCCGUUAGACUUUCACCUGUUGAGCAAAUCGAGAAAGAUUAUCGUGAGCUGGUUAUGGAAGUUCUGUGGCAUGUUUCUUUUGACGAUGACGAGCGUGUCGUCCACGUAACGCCGUCGAAAGACUGGCUCACAUUGGAUGAAGUCAAUGUCUUCUAGUCAUUGUAGGAGCAGUACUGUCACUGAACGGGAGACCCGGGGAUCCAUUGAGAUUGCCUUGAUCUUCCCAUAGGUUUUUUAACAAAAUCCGAACAGACUCAUGCGUUGCCGAAUUUUGAGUAGACUCCGAAUCUCGUUGCUUACUCAUUAAAUCUUGCAUCAGCUCCAUUAGGAUGGACGUCGGAACGAAAGAGACCAUGAUUUCGUCGGAUUGAAUCAUCCGGCCUCGGAGUUCUGCGAGAAGUUAAUAUUUUUACGAUUUGAUAUCAGCCUGUCAUACUACAUUUUAAAAAUGAUAAAAGACGCAAACCAUUCCUCCACGGAUAAACCGUUUUUUUUCUGCCUUUCAGCACUUCGAAAGCAUACGUGUGAGCAUUGUGGCAAACGCUUUCUUCAGAAGUGUCACCUGAGAAAACACAUCGAUUCUAUCCACGAAAGUACGCUUGGAGAGCCGCUUCCUUCUUUUGACAGUAUUUUAUUUUCUGUGGCGUUGCUUUCUUACGGUACGCUUAUUUUCGUAUCCCUUUUGCCAUCCGAUGUACCUGAUCUAUAUCUAUUGGACAACGAGCCCCGUGGCUCGGUGGUUAUUGGCGUUGGCCGAUAAUGACCACUCCAGUCUCCCUUGUCUUUGUCGGUAAUUCUACGCUGCAAUCAAGGCCAGCAGGAACACCCAAACCACUACUCUGAUGUUGGAGACGAGAGAGUCUCCGAAACGUCAGUCCAAAUAUGCUUCAAUCCAUAAACUCGUCCUUUCUUCUUCGUCUCAUUUCGUCGAUGAUGAACGCAACGUGGCGACAAGUGUCAACUCUACUCCAGCACAAACCUCAAAGGGCGAUUUCUGAAACAGAAGAGCGGGAGCUUCUGCGCAUGUAAAAGGCGGGGGAUAUUGUCGCCCUGCCCGCCGACAAGGGACACUCAACGGUUGUCAUGGAUAAGAUGGGUACGCGACGGAACUAUCAGGUUUAUUGGAGGGCGAAGGCGCCUAUGAGCUUUCGGGUGCUGGAGAAUUCACGAAGCACUUGAACAGUCGUAAACAGGAUGACUAGCAAGUUGAGGAAGGCAGAGACAGGCUGAAGCACGCUAGAGCGACAAGGACGGAAGAAGGGAUGGAGCGAAAUACCUACAUUCCGUAUUCGUCGCCAAUGGUCACUCACGUUCCUUCAUACGGGAGUACCGAAGAUAGCCUACGCGUGAGCGGUUGAAGGAUGAGAGGUCGGAGUUUUGGCCUACGAUCCCCGUGUGAAGAACGUUUCGCGGACGACAGCAUGAAUCCUGAGCCGUUUUGGGAUUGGGAUUGUCCAUACGCCAUGAUCAACUAUCAGGGGGGAGAUAAUAAGACCGGCUACCGUCAACGGAGCAAUCGGCAGUGGUCCAAAUUGCAGGGCAAGUUAUGUUGGUGAAACGGGCAAACGGCUCUGCACAAGACUGCAUGAGCACCGGCUCAUUGUGGACUGCGAGAAUGGACUGCCAGCCAGUCCAGACGGGUUUAGCAGCACUAACGAACAAAUAGCAGCUCGUCCAACAGUCGUCACCUUCACAGCAGGAGAAAAAAGCCGGCCGGAAGUCACAUGACCGACGCGCCUAAACAUCCGAACGCGAAUUGCAUAUUCGGCGGCAGCUGAUCAGCCCAUCAGAUUACGAUGGGAGGGUCCAGGGGCGUACGGACCCUGCAGCAACAAGAACGGCCUGGCAGGGACGGAGCUUCCACGAGUGCGCCCGAGGUCGGGUACGGAGCGACUGAAUAACAUCCCCAACGAGCAGACAGGCCAAAGUUCGUGCGUCAGUCAUGAUUAGGAUACGAGACAAGCCGCGAGGCCGAACAAGUCCAGGUCAGCAUGAACAGACAUCCAAGCUCGAAUAAUGUCAACGAGGUUUCCAAAGCAUCAGGACAGACACAAUGUCGUCCAUGAAGUCGUCUCCUCCUCUUCGGUUUUCUUAGGGGAUGAUGUUCGAGGUAAUUUAUCUGGGCCUUGAAUUUCUCACUUCGGCCUAUUGAACUACUCAUUUCCUGGGAUAGCUUACAGGAAUGGAACUCACCACAGACGAGAUCAUGAUGCCGCUUGAUGUCGCUUCCCUCUUUUCUUCGGCACCCCAGGAUCUGACAGUCGAAACGGCCGGCGAACUGCUCAAGAGCCGGUGAAGCGGAGAUAUCUCGUCCAAAUCCUUAAACCCUGUCACAUCUACUUCAUUUGCGAGUGGGCCACGUAUUAGCAGGUUUGACGGACGCCAACGGAAUCGCUGCUUUCGGGUUCGGUUGCAGAAGCAGUUCUCCAACAUGUUUGACUUGCUACUUCGGCGACACCCUAAAUUAAAGGCAUUUUUAAUUGUUUUUCAGAGCAGCGCGCGUUCCCGUGUGAGUUCUGUGGGAGAAUCAUUACGAAUGAGAGACUACUCAAACUCCAUGUUGACAGUGUCCACAUUGGUACGAUGCUUGUUGAUCUUUGACCACUAUUUUUGCCCUCUGUGGUGUUUUUAAAAACACUGUUUGUCAUUUUUCUGAAAACUUUGCAGCUAUAGCCUCCAAAAAGCUAAUGUUUGUAGAUUUGAGGGCAAGCAUUUCCCUUGGUGGUAUUAACUUGCAACUUUUGCGAGGUCGACUUGCAGCUAGCCGCUAUGCCAACAAAGAUAGUCGCUGUAAAUAGGGUCUAUUUCUCCACCACCGCUCGAGUUCUGGUCCCUAUCAUUCCCUCCCAGCCGUUUGUUAUACCGCUGGUUGCGUUCUUUCAACCAUCCUGUUCUAUUGCGUCAUUACCUGAAUUUUCAGAUAGACGACACGGUUUUAGCGUUGUCGGAUUUACACCUAGACACCGGGUCACUGAUCUCGACUGCGUUAACGGUAUCGUGCUGCCGCCCAUUAUUACUUACGUGUGGUGUUGAAAGCGAAUGGAUGGCUUAUUCAGCCAUUGUAUCCAUUAAAACAGGGAAGACAAAAGUGCUGUUGGUUACAUUUCUGAUCGGAAGCAACAUUUCGGUAUUAGUGACUGAGUCGCAAGUAAUUAGCAUUUUCAAAUACUCUAUGGCAAAGAUGCGGCAAAUGGACUGCGUAAGGACGACAUCGUCUCCCUAACGGCUGUUGCUCGUAGAGUUUUCUCAGUCACGGGGUUUUACCGAAGGCGCUGUUAGUAUUCUUUAGAUUUUCUCGCUUCAGUGCUGGUUUAUUUACCGAAAUAGACGUACCCGAGGUCAAAAGUAUGUCAGAAGUCAUUCCGGAUAACUCUGAUAUUCUUUGUGGUUCUGUAGCAAUAAACAGUAAGAUUAGGGGACCACGAUAGAGUUAAUAAGGCGGGGAAUAAGUGGAAAAGUGGACUUACAUUCGAGGUGAUUAGACGAGCAGUCAGCUAAUGACGCCUAAGUGUGGUGGUCGGUUUAAAAGCAAGUGGCAGUAAAGAACAAUGAACAAAGGACGAGGUCCGACAAAUGGGGGUACAAAAACAAAGACAGGGUGAUAUGAGUGAAGUCUGGUUACUAACAAACAGUUAGUAGCAAAAAACAACCAAGGAUACAAAUUGACAUCCGGGAUGUCACAGGAGUGUCGAUCGACAGAAAAUCUGGUCUGGACAGUUUCGUACCCCGGUUUUUGGCAAAAAGAGCUAGAAAGAUUUGUUUAGCAGAAAGCAUCGAGGAGCAGUUUAGAAAAAUCCAGGACUUGUUUGGCGAAAACGGGUAUCCUGACGGGUUCAUUGCAAAUAACAUCGCCGAAUGACCGGUAAAACCUACCACACUGACUGUCGAAAACAAAACUUUGUUCUCCAAUGUCCUCAUUCCAAGAAGACGCCGCGAGGGAAUUUCUAAGAAGACGCCUUGAUCAAGUUGUCUCGCGAACCUCCCUACCUGCAUGGGUUCAAAUAUUAUUUUCUACUAGCCCUAUGUUACGCGGAGAAGGUAAAGAUAGGUUAUCACCUCAAUGUACAUAUAUUCCCUCACAUGCCCCUGUGGAGCAGGUUGUAUUGGUCGUACGAGUUGGUGUCCAUCUGGAAGAGUACGAGAACACCUCUCUGUAUGGCUGGCAAAAGGCGAAACUAGGAGCAUAAGCAGUGCCGUUCUUGGGCAUGCGGUUGAUUGAGCGCAUCGUGUGGACAACGGCGAAGCUUUUCUUGUUCUUUAUAAGGUCCCCUGAGCUAUUAUAAGCUACUGAGUCAGUGUCUGUCGGCAACAGCAGAAGUAACGGUAACCAGGUUACGAAAACCGACACUAUGCGUCCAGAAGAACCUCAUUCAGACUCCUCGCCUACCGUGAUCAAAGGCUGACUGGCCACAUGCAACUUUCAGUGGCCUUUUACUCUUGCCGCGCCGGUGUUUCAAAAUUAACUUUCUUUGGUUUUUUAAUCACUGACAUGUUUGACUGUAACAUUUUCCCAUAUAGUUGUGCUGGCCUGAGGAGAAUUUAUCGAAAUUCAUAAAUAUUUUGGCAGAUUUUGAAUAAUUCAUAUUCACCCAACUGUUAAAAACUCGGCACCUUGGUGGGAUUCGAACCCACGCAGUAAAGGAAAGGCUUUAGUACAGCCAGCGCUCUAACCACCUGGGCAACGGGGCCACGCCGGACGACGCGAGUUUUAUCACAUUUGGGUCAAGUUACCCGCCCAACCUACUGCAACGUCUGGUAUCCACCAAAUCUGGUACAGUAAAUUGACUUCCCAAGCAGGAUUUCCUAAGUAAUUCACCUAGAAUCCACCAGAUUACUACCAGGCUCACACAAUUCAUAGAUAACGCAAAUGUGAUUAAACUCGCGUCGUCCGGCGGGGCCUCGUAGCUCAGGUGGUUAGAGUGUUGGCCGUACAAAAGCCUUCCUCUUACUGCGUGGGUUCGAAUCCCACCGAGGCGCCGAGUUUUUCACAGUUGGAUCAAUAUGAAUUUAUCGAAAGCCACAUAUGCUCACCAACUCGUAUUCUGAAUACUGCUAUGGUUGUUGGUUGCGUUUCUGGUCGAGGCCAUCUCUCCGUGUUAGCCACUGAGACUGAAGUAAUUAGCAUUUCCGAAUACUUUGGGGCGAAGAUAUGGCGAAUCGAAUGCGUAAGGACGACAUCGUUUCCCCUAGCCGAUGCUGUUCGCAGGAUUCUCUCAAACACUGGAGGGUGUCUAUAGAAGCUGCGAGAUAUCUUCAUGGCCACAAGGGUCCGCGUGUAUCGGCUAUCUAUUUUCGGUUAGGUCUCGUAUACAUUUGCCAAUGUUGGGCUGGGCGGGUGGAAGAUGAGUUAAAACUGGAUAUGUUUGACGACGAUUGUCUGAGAAGCAUCAUUCAAGUGAAUGUCAAUGACCUGGUUUCGAAUGAGACCGUCUGCACCCUCCACGACAAGGUUCCGACGACGGCGACUUAGCCUCGAGAACCAUAGGCUCUGUGGAAGAUAGUGGCCAUUGGCUGUAGACUCUGCCAAUUUGUGUAUAUGCUGAUUCGGCCGAUCACUGCUUAGGAAGUGGACUGAUGCCCAAGAGUGGGAAGGGAAACUGGGGUCGGCGAUCUCAGCGCAUAUUCCUCAUUAUAAACAAUCUGACGCGCUUGAAUCUAUCAAGCUGCGCUAAAAUCCGUGGCUUGGAUGGCUGCCAACUGAAGGGAUAAGUCAGUCCUCCUUGGAGGACGCAGAGUCAGGUUGUAAUGGUUGACCAGUCCGGUCUUUAUGACAGUGCGACUCAGUUGUUAUUCGAGCUGUCCCCUCUUUUUUCACUUUGUGGACAAUCGUAGUUAUUUAUGCGUGGUGGACCAGGUGUGGUGGCACGUCUAGGUGCGGUUCGUCGCCGUGCCAACCACCUGCGCCCUCUACCGUCUCCAGUAUUCUCGACUUUGUCGUGACACCGGGCGCGGGGUGGGAGAGGAGGUGGGAGUGCGAUAGGUGUAGCACAAGUCCACCAUCACUGUAAGUGAAUUCACGCGAAAUUCAACGUCCCUGCUGCAGAGCACACAGCGGAAAUCGUCGGAAAUGACGGUUAAACUGUCGUAUGCUGUAUUUUGUUGCCUUGUGGCCUCACGACGAGGCUAUGAUUUAAGUAAACAAGCAAGGCUACAAUAAUAAUGUUUCUACAUGAGGUCAGUUCCUUAUUCGGGCAAAGCGGCUGAACAUCAUGAUUUUUCGUCAAAGUGGAAUGUUAGGAACAUUCUGGCGUGCUUCACGGAUUGCCCUGCUAGGUAGAAUGCUGGGGGUAAAAUAAAUUUCAUAUGCACGAGCGCAUCUCCGCUCGAAUCAUUGGCCGACAGUCUUCGAUCGCAACUUCCAGUUUUGAAAUUUCUGGUAACGAAUGGUCCUGCAACCCCUUCCCCCUUGGUUGGAUACCUUGUGGUAUGCUUGCUGAAGCGUUUUGAGCAGUGAUGAUUACACCGGCCUGCAUUGCCAUGGGCAGUUAUCGACAGGAGUUUCGGAGCAUGUUUGAGUAGUUUAGAACUAAGAAAUCUCUCCAGUAGGAGGUUGCGCGUUAGAAUUAGGGAUGUUGGGCUAGUGAUUGGAUUUCAUUAUUGGAAACAGGGUAUUGGGGUUUUAGGUUUAGGACUGCGAUUAGAAAGUCUAUCAUUUGGCUCUGGCAAGAGCUCGGGGUUUUGGAAUGGGUCUGGAUAGUUAAGGUUAUUAAUUAGGGUUCGUUUUUGGGUUACCUGUCAGGUCUAGACGUUUGGGUUAGUAGUUAGGGUUAAUUGUUAGAGUUUGGCGUGAAGUUUAGUAAUUGGAGUUAAUAGUUUUUCUUAGCCCUAAACCUAACCUAAAAUGUCUAUUCCCAAAAUUAUGUAAUUCAAACUUUUCCAAGCAGGCCACCGAAAUUCCUGUCCAUAACUGCCCAUGGGAAUGCAAACCAGUGUAAUCUUGACUGCUCAAAUCUUUUAAGUAAGCAUACCAUAAUCUAUCCACCAAGUGGGACUGCAGCGUCAUUUGUCACCCAGUUUUUACUUCGCUGGAAGAGAUAGAGGGCCAACGUCAGUGAAAGCAGUCUUUUUCCUCUUUCAUGUCGUUGAGUGCCGGGACCUGAUCAGCAGUACUUGAGAGAUAACAGAGAACAGGGUUACGAGAGGGUGAUCCGAUACACGUCCGUUUAUCGUAGUCCGCUGUGAUAGUUCGUCCGCCGCAAGCCACAGCUACCAAUACUGUCCGUGAUUGAUUUGAAGAUAACUUGGCACAUAUGUAGAUUUUGCGGAACCUGCCUCAAUCUUCCUACCCACAUCGUUCUUCAGUGGCAGGACGAAGUCAAGAUAAUCAAAGUCGAGUGUUUAGUCAGCGCCCAACGAGGCUUACUCCGCAUUUACGUGUCUCCUGCAUGUGCUGGUUCCUACACCUGUACAAGUACAGGACUUCAUAAAGACGCACUGUAGUUCAUUAUAGUCUGACCCGAACUCUAGGGGCAACCCUCAAAGCCAGGAUUGUUAGCGCUUCCUGAUAACUACAAACCGCUCAAUUCGGUUGUAUUGGGAAAGCUAACCCCUGGAUACCAGUUGCGUCAUAUGCACCCUCCCGUCUUUCGACGUCCGGUCUGGACAACGAUUUAUGAUGGUCGGGUUCAUUGGUGACCUGGCGUAAAGCCUCCGUCACACGGUUUAGUGUUUGCUGUCGUCUGUAUGACUGAACUGGUCCACAUGAGACCUAGGUGCGCAGGGUAACGCAAACAAAAAUUGAUUAUCCUUCGGUCAUCGUAGUCGACUGCCUAUCCUCGGCAGAUUUAUGUAUUCGUCGCAUGAUAGAUAUAGGGUCUUGCAGAAACAUGCCAGGUUCAAGUUAACGGAGACGACAAAGUCCAGUCAUGUUGGAAAAUUUCUUGAACGACGGUAAGGGCUUGUGUUGCCUGUGACUUCUUAUCAGACCGCAUAAUCCCUAGUAUUUCAGUCAAGAAAGCAUGCCGGCUCCCUAAUGCACAUCUUUUCGGCCACCUUCAGGACUCCCAUUCAGUAAAAAAUGACUACUACUGAAGUAGUACGCAUUUUUCCAUUGAUUUCUGUACCCUUAAAAUACCGAACAUGUUUCAUAAAAAUAUUUGGACAGUAAUAUUCCUUCUUGCGCUCAUUUGGUCGCAGAUUGCGUCUUCUUCGAAUGUUAUAUUCAAGGUAAGAGCAUAGCUAGGUUGACAUUCCAUGAAAUCAGUCACUGACCGUACGUGGCUUCUUUAUUCCACAAAGGCGCCGGAAAUUGUUCGUUCACGCCAGGACAUCUUUAUACCGUAGGAUAAAACUGUGCAUACUGUUUAGGCUUUCGUUCCCAAGAAUGUGCUCGUUUCAGCGAGCAGGGACAGUUUUUUCUUAUCCGUCCCGUGACGUCUUUAUUCCGCAGACACGCGGAAAACUGUUAAGUUACUUAUCCUAUAGCUUACAUUAGAUUUUACAGUUUUUGGAAAGCCAUCUUGACUGUAAAAUGAGGAAACAUUUGUUUUGCUAAAUGCAAGUCUUUUGUGUUUCCCUUUCAGCACCAGGACAGCAUGUAUGUGAGAUUUGCGGCAAAGCCUUUAAUCGGAAGCCCUGCUUGACGAAACAUGUUGACUUGGUCCACAAAAGUAUGCCCCCCCUUUCCUUUGCCACUUUGAUAUGCCGAUCCGUUGCCUUUCAUCGCUGCCGUAUUUUGCGGCGGCGUUUCCCUCCACGCAUUUUGCUCGUCGGGGGGACAUUGUCUUGGUUUUUUCGAAUACUUCUACUCGUUCAAACUGCCUCCUGAGAAGUAUUCACUAAUUUAACCUACGUAGCAAAAGUUCAAGUGUUACCAAACAUUAACUAGUCAUACAAAGUCGUUGACUCUUACCCCUUGAAAACACUGGUGGGUAUAGUCGACAAGAGCCUGAAUCUAAUGAGGAACCAACAGGCAAUACCGUGAAACGAUUGGCCAUGACAAUGGAAACACAACAUGCUGCCCUAGCCCUUUUCCAUGGUUAACCAAAAAUCCCCAACCCAAACGUCCUAGAGCUGAAAGGUACGCCUACUUAUGGUCUGCCCGAUGAUUGACUUGUUAAGCAUUUGAAAAAGUUGACGGAGGGCUCAGAGCUCACAGCUGUAUCCUCAACGCACUUCCCGGAUGAACUCAGAGGCUCCCGACGAAAUAGUGGUAUCCUUUGAGGUCGUCUCUCUGUUCACCCAUAUCCCUAAAGAAUUAGCUAUAAGAGUCAUCAAUGACGUACUGGAGAAGGUACAAUGAAGGAACCCCUUUUUUAAAGGAAGCACGCAGUGGAGCUACUGGAUUAUAGCCUAAUGUCCAUAUUUGCGAGCGACUUCAGGGAAUUUCUAUAGGAUCCCCGAUGUCUGCCAACCUGAGUUUGAGCAAAGCGUUCAUAGGCACCUCUGUGGUGUAGACCUAAGGGAGUUCUUCUAUUCAGCGGGACGUGAGACCUUAGACCGUGUUCAUUGGUCAUCGAACGUUAGUAUGUCUAACGCUCCACCCAUGAGUCAUGGUCUGGUUGCCCCGUCUGUUGUGAUUGAGGUAGCAAACUGUGGUUUAAUGGUGCUCGCCAACCAGGUUACUGGAUGUGUGUUCUGCAUCUAUUUAGCAGGCUGUAGACAACCUAUCGUGAGAGGCAGGAUGAUUUCUCUGAAAUGUAAGAUGACCUGCGAAUAUGCCUCUUCGACAAACUGAUGUGUGCGAUGAUUCAUCAGUUUUUCGACACACAAGGAUAUCCAGGAAUGACAGAUGCCCAUCGCCCUCCGUUUCAAAAACAGACUUGAUUCCUAGAAAUAUAAAGUUGGGAUUUGUAUGGGGCAAAUUUCACUGAUUUUCCCUAACGAUGACAAGUGCGUCAUCUACAUAGUGUAGCCUGGGUUUUGGGUUAGCUGUGAAAAGAGCCAUAGUUUCACGUUUCUGCAUUAUAGUCUCCGCUAGGGGACCGGACAUGGGUGAACCCAUGGGAGCGUCUUUUCCUUGUCGAUCACAUUGUAUGGUGGAGGAUGAUCUGGGAGUUCGAGUUAAGCGUCUGCAGGCACGUCAGAAAUGUACGGUUUAAGUAGUUCUUCUAUUCAUCGGGACUUGAGACCCGACACCUCGUUGUUUGGUCAUCUAAAGUUAGUAUGUCUCACGUUGCACCCAUGAGUCACGGUCUCGUUGCCCUGUCUGUUGUGAUCGAGGUAGCAAACUAUGGUUGAAUGGCGCUCGCCUCCCAGGUUGCGCGACAUGCACGCCCCGUUGUGUCUUGGGAUAAAAUAAUUUAUAAUGUCUUGUUUCCGCCAUUCGGAAUCUCGUAAGUACAAAUGUAAACUAAAUCAAAAAAUAAAGUCUCUAACCAAUUGGAGCAUGUUCUUGCUUCUUUUUCAGACCUGCGAAUAUUUGACUGUGAGAUUUGUGGCAUGGCUUUUAAGGAUAAGGGUCACCUGAAGACGCACGUCGAUGGCAUCCACAAGCGUAUGUUUGGUACCCUUGCUUCCUUUUGCUUCUAUCCUAUUUGCUCAUUGACCUGAGUGCUGCAAGUCUCACGCUUAUCGCCUCUGCGAACAAAAGACAUGAGAUUCUCGGUGUCACCUACCCCAAAGUCCAUCGCACGAAAAACUGAAUGACGCCGACUAAUAUGAGCAGGAUAGGUUGGUAGCUGCUGAAUCUGUCCGGGUGGUGGUGCUCCUGCUAGUAAUCGCCGCACUGAUGGGGAAGGAUUUGGCAGUGGCGAAUAUGGGAGGAUUGUCAGAUGUGUCGAUACUGCGGCGAAUUCCGCUGUUGUGAACAUGUAUGCGGCAUAGUAGACCCCAUACGGUGACUGAAUGUGCGUCGGCGGCCUGGGCAGUCGGGGGGAUACGGAGGAUGUAUGCCGGGACUUCAAACACUGGCCCGCUGUUGGCGUUAAUCAUCAUCAUCAUCAUCAUCAUCAUCAUCAUUGCGAAUGCUUCUGAGACUUCUCCAUUAUCCGCCACCUGCGCCACCAUCCCUUCGUGGAGCUUACACAACAAGCGCGCGAAUCGCUCAGGGUAGUAGUAUUCCUACAUGAAUUCCGAGAGUAUUGCUAUUCACCGUAUCGAAUGCUUUCGUCAGACCCAUGAUGGCUGUCUAGAAGUGAGCCCGCAUCUCCUGGCACCUCUCUUGUAAUUGGCAGGCCGCGAAGAUCGUGUCGGUGCUUCCGCUGUAUCGUCGGAAGCCACGCUGACUCUUUGGGAGAAGUCGCUCUUCCAGAUGGCUGUUGAAACGAUUGGAAAGGACGUGUACGAAGACCGUUUCUGUAAAAUUGAGGAGGGAAAGGCCCUUGUGAUUAUCACAUAGUCGAGGGUUCUCGCUCCGCCUGUAGGUGUGGACAAUUGUCGCGUCCUAAAAGUCCCGAUGGAUUUGUCUUUGUCACACCAUCUCCUGGAGCAGCGUUUUGAGUUUGUCCAUCAGCUGAAACCGUCUUCUUUGUCCACCUCGGCUGGGAUUCCGUCGGACGCCGACCCUUCCUUGCGGGGGUGCCUAUCCACGUCUAUGACUGUUUCUGGAACGGAAAGAGGACGGUCCAUGGCAGUAUUGGUGUCAACUUUGGGGUGCUGGUCUAUGACAGUGCCGAGGGUGGUUGUAGUUUUUUCUAGAUUUUCGACCGCGGGUUUUACGUCUGCAAGUUACGAUAUACUAGCAGAUGGCAUGAUUUACCAUCACUUGUCUGAGGCCUCCUUUUCUGGCCACUUCCCAGGAGGGAGAACUCAGUGCUGUCCCUGAAUAGAGCUAUUUGGACGUCCCAAACGGAUGCCUAACUCCACUAUCGGUCGCGACUUUGUCUAGUGGUUGAGCAACCCGACUUUGCGUACGCCACCUUUGGGAUUGCGUGUCGCCCUAUCAGUAGGACUUUUGAAUUGGAAGGGGGAGGAUGGGAUGAGAAGCGGAAAUAACGCUUGUGGAGACACGCGACACCGGAUACCUUCGUCUACUUUAACUCACCAACCAAUUAAGUUACCAGAUUAUGACCGCUGGGCAAAACCCAGUUUCGGGGGUGGGGGGCAGCCACCACCUGCACGAGGUACAAUAGGCAACCUAUUACACCCUACACUGUGUAAUUAAACAUCCAUACACUGCACUGUUCAGGUACACCGCGCGCACACACAGUGAUGGAAUACUCCAAGUUGAAGGUUAUACGUCGUUAUUCGUUUGUUGCACAGCUUCAUUAAGUAAUCUUCUCUGUGCUUCAAGCCCUCCCUUGUCUGCAGCCAACGCCGCACUAGGAAGUGUGGGAUCGCUGUUUCCGAGCAACCAAAAAAGCAUGCGAAUCUUAAACCUCAAUUAAGUUCAUAAACUGCGCCGCCACCCAAACAACCGACCAGACUGAUGCCGACUUACUCAAAUUAGACUUAUUCGUUCGCGCGUACAUUACGUUUGCAGGCAGAUGCAUGCGCAGAUCCGGAGACGGCCGAGCGUCGGGCGUCUUUCCCCUCUCAGAACUGUGGCUACUUUAGUGCUCGUAGUUCGCUCCCUGCUUAGAUGCUACAACCCUGAGUGGAAGGUGGGGACCGCCCUCCGGACUAGCAACUAGAUCGGACCACUUUGCAAGUCAUUGUACUGCAUGGUGGAAGAUGACCGCUUAAAUACUGAUGGUCAGGUGCGUCCUAUGUCUUGGUGGGCGAGAGUAGUUUUUCAGUCCCUACGCAAAUCGCUACGCUAUUUCACGUAUUGCUUUCAUGCCAUGUCUAGACCACCGUCAAGACACUCGAAUAGCAUACUCUAAGUUGGCACUAAAGGAUGUUAUUUUUUGCCCUUAAACGUGCCCGCGUCGUUUUUCGUUGUUCAUAGGCAUUUAAGGCGGUCUUCCAAAUUGCUCCUAAUCCCAGUUUUAUGUUCUGCAAUUCGCUUAUCUCUCUCGAACCUGCGGAGUUGCUGAGCAUCCCUCUUUAUGUAGUCAAGUUAUUUGCUGUUCUUGUCCAAAUAAAAUUACUCUUUCGCUGCGUCAAAGUCAGUCUAAUAUUUCAUUAGAUGAUGUACUUAGGGAUUUAAGUAGCCAGUACAUUCUUCAAUAAAUUUAACCAUUUUUAUUUUCUCCUUUCAGAUCUCCGAGAGUACGCGUGUGAAAUUUGUGAAAAAGCUUUUUCACGCAACGGAGACCUGAAGAGGCAUGUCGACAGUAUCCACAAACGUACGCUCUAGUAUGCUAAUAACCUUCCCUGGAUGAAGUUGACUUUUUGCCGUCGGUGGCAUGAUCCUUGUUUGCAAUGGAAGCAUCUUAUGUGACGAUCACCUCGAAUUUCUGGUGUGUAUGUCGUCAUAGGUGUUCUGAAAGUUUGUAUUCAAAGUCUCCCUGGGGGUCGAUAUGUUGCUAUGUCUUUUUCACGACGGAGUUGACUAACCGGUUUUUAACUGCGUGGUCUGCAUUAGCCAAUCAGUUAGAAAGGUUUUUUAAUUAGUGUUUGGGUUGUACCAAAGCCUUCCCCUUGGUGCCGCGGGUUCGAGUCGCAAAGCGGUCACACAGCAUGUUACUGUUGGGUCAAAAUGGGAAAGGUUUUUGCUUACGUAUUGGUAGGCGGACUUGGUGCCAGCGUUGAUUGCCGUUACAACUUUCUUAUAUAGCCCCUAAACAGGAAAUAAGAGCAGGAUUCGCCUGCGAUAGGGUGUUGAAAUGAGUCUGCAGUGUCAUAGAAUCCUGGACUAAGUGAGUCGAGUGUAUCUUUCAUCUUUUCUCCUUUUAGAACUCCGUGAAUGCGCGUGUGUAAUUUGUGGCAAAGCCUUCGCCCGCAACGGAAACCUGAAGAGACACAUCAGCCGUAUCCACAAAAGUACGCCUCAAAGUGUUAGCUCCUUUCCAAGAUCAAGUUGACUUUUCCCAACCAGCGGAGUGGAACCACUUGUGUGUCAAUUUGUUGCUAUGUUAAGGCUCUGAUCCACCUUCUGGCAUGCAGGUAAUCGUGGGUGUCCCGACAGUUCGCAUUCAAAGUCUCCUGGGGAUCUGUUGUCGAGUUUUCCUCACGAAGGAGUUAACUAGACGGUUUUUAACCGUACAGUGUGAGCUAAGCGAAUUAUUUAGGAGGGCGUUUAGCUUAUAAACUAGUAAGCCUCCAUCGCCAGUCCCGCCUAUGCAUAUUUUUGUAUGGUAAAUAGGUACGAAAUGCGGAUUAUUUCUUUAGGACAAUGAGCGAUGUCGUCCACUAGCGCGGACAAAUAACGAGGACACAACAAGUGCACGUAGAGGGCAUCGUCACCUUCGAAUGACUCGCUUUUCGAGCCCAGUCCCAUCGUGCCUCACGCGCCUGUUUGCUUCUAUCGCAAAUAGUCUCCAAAACGUGUCCCUUUUUCUAACCGGCUCCUCUUUGACGUUUGCGUGGAACAGGCAUUAGACGCAGACUUCACGCCACCCGCGUACAUGCCUCUUAUUUCACCUGUCGUCAUCAAGAGUUUCUUGACAGUGGUGGUUGUACGAGGCGUGAGCGAGGUAGAUGCGGCGCAAGUCUGCCUUAUUAUGGUCAGCCUCAUGCGCAAGUCAUCGCAGCAUCCUUUCUGGCCAGCGGUUUCCCCUGUCGCCUGCGACAGACGAGCUUCUUAUGAUGACCUGUUGACAAGCCAAAAUGCUUAUAUUAAUUAUCUUGUCAUCGUUCUGUCUAGUUUCUUGACCGAACUUUUUGAAUUCAUUUUAGAAACUUUGGAAUGCUGA